CAGAAAGGAGUUGCAGCUGGCUGUGGUCAUCCACACUUUUACAGUAGCUGUAUGUAUUUACAAUACAAUAUAUGAUAGAAUCUCCGAGACUUGAAAAGAGGGACAGAUGAAGGUGGAACAGAUCUAUAAAUUGGAGUAGCAGAGUUUGGUGGUGUGUACAGUGUGUGUAUGUAUAGGCAGCAGCAUGGCCAGUGGACAGCUGUACAGAGGGAGCGUUAAUGUGUGUGUGUGUGUGUACAGGCGGCAGCAUGGCCAGUGGACAGCUGUCUAGAGAAGAGGCGUUGGCGUGUGUGGGGUGCAGACAUGCAUGUCACAUAUUGCUCUAUGCAGACACAGAAGCUCAGCUGUUCGAAGAAAUCCCCAUCAGACACAUCAUACUGAUGCAGAUGCGUUUCGAUGGUCUGUUGGGUUUCCCUGGCGGUCUCGUUGACCCGUCAGAAGAAUCUCUAGAGGAGGGCCUGAGCAGGGAACUGUGGGAGGAGCUGGGCUUCUCACUGUCAGUCACCGUGGAGGAUCAUGUGUCUUCCUGCCACAACCCUUCCUCUCAACUCGUUACUCACUUCUAUGCCCGGAGAAUGGAAGAGAAAGAGAUCAGGGAGGUCGAAAAGGCAGCUGCUAGCACAGCAACAGACCAUGGCCAUGAGGUGAUGGGGAUGGUCCGAGUUCCUCUCUACACACUAAAGGGAGGAGGAGGAGGGCUUCCCUCAUUCUUGUCCCACUCCUUUAUUGGGAACUCUCGAUCUCAGCUGGAGGACGCUCUAGUGCGCUUCGGCCUGGUGACACCCGAGGAGCUACAGACAGCACUCACACACGCAGAGCAGAGGAGAAAACAACCUUGGGGGGGGGCAGCCUAAUCACACACACAAUGUAAGAAAUUACAUUAAAUAUUACUAUUUCCUGUUAGUAUGUUACACACAGUUCUGUAUUAUCAAAUUGUAUAACUUACUCUAUAUACAGUUGAAGUCGGAUGUUUACAUACACCUUAGCCAAAUACAUUUAAACUCAGUUUUCACAAUUCCUGACAUUUAAUCCUAGUAAAA